CUUAAGCACAUCGGGAUCUCUUUCUCCACCCUCCUCCCUCCUCCUCCUCUUCAAGGAGCCUUGUGGAUUUCACUCGAGAAGAUGGCGAAGGCUGGAUCCUUCGCGCUUUUUUCAGGCAUGCUGUUUUUUAAUGGGCUGAUUUUGGCCACGCCAUCUCAUUUUCUCUACAACGGAGCUGAGAGAGCUGCAGGUGACCCGCUGGUUGUGAACAUCACAACGAGUGACUACAACUGGUACGUGGGGAUGGAGAACGUGACGCUCUACUGCCAGGCCUGCCCUUCCUCCCCGUGGACAAAUUACACGUGGAUCAGUGACGCGGUCAACUUCGCCUCGGAAGUCGACUUGAACUGCAACAUCAUUCGCUUCCUCCGUCCCCUCACGGAGCUGGACGCAGGCAAAUACUCAUGCAUCAUUGAUGAAGGCAACGGCAACAGCAGCAGCGCCACCAUUGAGAUCUCCUUCGAGGAGCUGUCGACGGUCACUGAAGGGGUCACGGAGCUGUCGACCUUCACCGAAACGAUGACGGUCACGGAGCUGUCGACGUUCACCGAAACGAUGACGGUCACAGAGCCUUCGUCGACGGUGGUCACGGAAGAAGUCACGGAGUCGUCGACGGUGGCAGUGACGGACACAGAACCAGCAACGAGCACUGAACCGAUGACCAUCACAGAAACAAUAACAGUCACCGAUGUGAACACAGAGCCAGCGACAGUCACCGAACCAGUAACAGGCACGGGUACAGCCACUAACCCAAUAACAGACUCAGAAAUAGUAACAAUGACAGAACAAGUAACAGUAACCGGUACAGAAACUAACCCGAUAACAUUCACGGAAUCAGUAACAUUUACGGAACCAGAAACCGGCACAGGUACCGUCACCAAUCCAGUAACAGACACGGGCACAGUCAGUAACCCAGCAACAGACACCGGUACAGUCACCGACCCAGUAACAGACACCGCUACAGUCACCAAUCCAGAAACAGACACCGCUACAGUCACGGGCACAGUCACCAAUCCAGAAACAGACACCGCUACAGUCACCAAUCCAGUAACAGACACCGCUACAGUCACCAAUCCAGUAACAAACACCGCUACAAUCACUAACCCAGUAACAGGCACGGGACAAACACAAACGAGCGAUUCUAACACAUCUCAAGAAACGUCCAAGAACACAAGAUCUCAAGAAACAACCAGUUACAUCCCAACUCAAGCACCAUCUGGACCUACUCCUGGUGACCCCCUGUUUGUGACCAUCACAACGAGUGACUACAACUGGUACGUGGGGAUGCAGAACGUGACGCUCUACUGCAAGGCCUGCCCUUCCUCCCCGUGGACAAAUUACACGUGGAUCAGUGACGCGGUCAACUUUGCCUCGGGAGUCGACUUGAACUGCAACAUCAUUCGCUUCCUCCGUCCCCUUACGGAGCUGGACGCAGGCAACUACUCAUGCAUCGUUGACGGAGGCAGCGCCACCAUUGAGAUCUCCUUCGAGGAGCUGUCGACGGUCACUGAAGGGGUCACGGAGCUGUCGACCUUCACCGAAACGAUGACGGUCACGGAGCUGUCGACCUUCACCGAAACGAUGACGGUCACGGAGCUGUCGACCUUCACCGAAACGAUGACGGUCACGGAGCCGUCGUCAACGGUGGUCACGGACGUUGUGACGGACACGGAACCGGCAACGACCACUGAACCGAUGACCAUCACAGAAACAAUAACAGUCACUGAUGUGAACACAGAGACAGCGACAGUCACCAAACCAGUAACAGGCACGGGUACAGCCACUAACCCAAUAACAGACACGGGCACAGUCAGUAACCCAGCAACAGACACCGCUACAGUCACCUACCCAGUAACAGACACCGGUACAGUCACCGAUCCAGUAACAGACACGGGCACAGUCAGUAACCCAGUAACGGACACGGGUACAGUUACUAACCCAGUAACCGGCACCGGUACAGUUACUAACCCAGAAACAGGCACUGGUACAGUCACCGACCCAGUAACAAACACGGCUACAGUGACUAACCCAGUAACAGACACGGGCACAGUCAGUAACCCAGCAACAGACACCGGUACAGUUACUAACCCAGAAACAAACACUGGUACAGUCACUAACCCAGUAACAAACACGGCUACAGUGACUAACCCAGUAACAGACACGGGCACAGUCAGUAACCCAGCAACAGACACCGGUACAGUUACUAACCCAGUAACAAACACUGGUACAGUCACUAACCCAGUAACAAACACGGCUACAGUGACUAACCCAGUAACAGACACGGGCACAGUCAGUAACCCAGCAACAGACACUGGUACAGUUACUAACCCAGUAACAGACACUGGUACAGUGACUAACCCAGUAACAGACACUGGUACAGUGACUAACCCAGUAACAGACACUGGUACAGUGACUAACCCAGUAACAGACACUGGUACAGUGACUAACCCAGUAACAGACACUGGUACAGUGACUAACCCAGUAACAGACACUGGUACAGUCACUAACCCAGUAACAAACACGGCUACAGUGACUAACCCAGUAACAGACACUGGUACAGUGACUAACCCAGUAACAGACACUGGUACAGUGACUAACCCAGGAACAGACACCGGUACAGUGACUAACCCAGUAACAGGCACUGGUACAGUGACUAACCCAGUAACAGACACUGGUACAGUGACUAACCCAGUAACAGACACUGGUACAGUUACUAACCCAAUAAUAGACACGAGCACAGUGACUAACCCAGUAACAGGCACGGGCACAGUUACUAACCCAAUAAUAGGCACGAGCACAGUGACUAACCCAGUAACAGGCACCGGCACAGUGACUAACCCAGUAACAGGCACAGGUACAGUCACCAAUCCAGUAACCGGCACCGGUACAGUCACCAAUCCAGUAACCGGCACCGGUACAGUCACUAACCCAAUAACAAACACGGGAACAGUCAGUAACCCAGUAACAGGCACUGGUACAAUGACUAACCCAGUAACAGACACUGGUACAGUGACUAACCCAGUAACAGGCACUGGUACAGUGACUAACCCAGUAACUGGCACCGGUACAGUGACUAACCCAGUAACAGGCACCGGCACAGUCACUAACCCAGUAACAAACACGGGCACAGUCACUAACCCAGUAACAAACACGGGCACAGUCAGUAACCCAGUAACAGGCACAGGUACAGUCACCAACCCAAUAAUAGACACGAGCAGAGUUACUAACCCAGAAACAGGCACAGGUACCGUCACCAAUCCAGUAACAGACACGGGCACAGUCAGUAACCCAGCAACAGACACCGGUACAGUCCCCGACCCAGAAACAGGCACUGGUACAGUCCCCGACUCAGAAACAGGCACAGGUACCGUCACCAAUCCAGGAACAGACACGGGCACAGUCACUAGCCCAGUAACAGACACAGAAGAAACACAAACGAGCGAUUUUAACACAUCCCCUCAAGAAACGUCCGAGAACACAGAAUCUCAAGAAACAACCAGUUACGUCACAACUCAAGCACCUGAACCUACUACUGGGUUCCCGCUGUGGGCCCUCAUCCUUCUCACGACCCUCGUCCCGGUCCUCCUGCUCAGCGUAGUGGGAGCCAUCAUCUAUUUAAUCCACGAGCAUUGCAGCACGAACGACUCCCACUCCUCGAGCAGCGAUACUGAGCAUGGCCAUUCAAGCUCCGACUCGUCUAGCUCCGACUCGUCCAGCGACUCCGACUCCGACUCCGAGAUGAAGAUGGAGGACAUCCAACAGAUGUACACAAACUUCAACAAAUUCCAGGACUGAGGAACCCGGCGGCCAUCAUCCCCAUCCCCCUCCCCGAGGGGGGUAGGUCUCCUGCCUCUGCCGAGCCGAGCCGCGUUCACACCACGGCGGCGGGGGGGGGGGGGGGGGUACCCCCCAGAAAUCUUACAUCGCCUAUGUCAGCUCAGGGCUCCCCUGAACCACGUGGCUCCUGUGUGGUCACCCCCUCCACCACCGCCUCAACUCGGAACCCCUUCCCCUCUCAUCUACAGAUCUCCACUUCUCUCUCUCUCUAAAGCAGCUCACGUCUCCCGUGAACCACGUGACUCAUGUUUAGACACGCCCACUCUCCCCCAAUCCCAGCCCACUGUGAAAACAGACUCGGCUCCUCCUCCUCCCAUGUCCAGCAGCAGCAGCAGCGUCGAGACGCUGAUGCAGCCUCUUCGUCUUUCUCCUCCCCUCUCCGUCACCCUCUCAUCUUGGCCCGGUCCUCCGUCCCCUUCCCCCAUCUUGGACGGCCACCCACGGUGGGACCAUGGCAUGGAGGGGGGGCGGGGUGGGAGUUUUCCUAACAUCUGUGUGUGAUCCGCCAACCCUCGCUGCUUGCCGCCGCGCAGUGCUGGAUUAGAGGCUUCGUGCAGCGGCGUUGCCGCCACCACCACCGCCCGCCGGCUCGCCCGCCCGACUCAACAAGGGGCGCAGUAAGUGUCGGAUGAUCCUCGUAGCAAAAGUAGCAAAUGCUACGGGCCCCGCACUUUCAAGGGCCCCGCGCUAAAUGCUUUCGAGCUAUCAAUUCCGAGGCAGUGAUUUUGCACUUGCUCUAUUACUAUAGCACUAUACCGCCUUCAAGUUUUAUGAACGACCGGGUGUUUAUGGUUACCGAUUCGUCGUAUUAUCUGGCUGUCAAGAAAAUGAAAAAAAUUGCAAUUACUUGACUAUGCAAGUAAAAAAAUUGUGUUUUAAUAUUUAAGUGUUUCUUUCAAUUUAGGGCCCGUUUAUAACAUCAUAUGCUACAGGCCCCGCACGUAGCUUCAUCCGGCACUGGGCGCAGCAUCACGGGUACCCUACCCAGAGUUUGGUUACCCCGUGAUGCUGCACCCCACUCCUUAGUAUGGUUGGUCGCCCUGGUUGCGCUUUUUAGUUUCCUGCUCUUCACGCAUUGGCGCAUUGCAGAGGUCGCAAUCGGGUACCCCCCGAUACCCAUACCCUAUCCGAUACCCGGCUACCCGUACCCGGCUAGGUACGGGUACCCGUUUGCGACCCUGGUGCGGCCGGGUACGGGUACGGGUAGCCGCACGUGACUCACCCCAACCAAUGAGUGAGAAGGCCGUGAGUCACUGGUGAGUAACCGUUUGUCACUCAUUUCCCAACGUCUUGUCUCUUCUCACAGUUCAAGUUCCUAGAAUUAACCCACCCGCGCCUGCAACAUGGCUUCAUCCCAGAGGUCGCAAUCGGGUACUCGAUACCCGUACCCUACCCGAUACCCGGCUACCCGUACCCGGCCGGGUACGGGUACGGGUACCCGUUUGUGACCCUGGUGCGGCCGGGUACGGGUAAGGAAUCAAAACCCGUUUGUGACCUCUGGCGCAUUGGGGAAAUCCUUGGACGGAAUGCCGCAUUCUACGUUUGAUUAUUCCUGUUGCUAAACCGACAACCGUUUAGCGUCCGCGGUCCGUCAAGAAGUUCAACAUACAUGACGCGCUGCCGGGAGAUGGGAGUCGAACUGGCAAUGUCUGGAUCGCGAGCCCAGCGCCUACUGGUCCCCUCACACCACCGUGGAUUAACCCCCCAGUGGAAAUCUUGAAUCUUGUUUUAAAAUUAAAUAAAUUACAUCAACUUUACCCCCCCACUCCCUCCCUGCCAAUGGUAUCCCCGAUUGCUCCGCUGUUGGGUGUCGCUAGACGGAGGAUCCGAUCGGGAAAUCUCUCCCGAGCCGUGCGAGCCUAUCGUGUUGUUCGAGAAUGUUCCGCGGAAGCGGAUAUCACAGAGCUACCGCUGAGAUCCCUCCUUCUUCAAGCGACGUUCUGUGAUAUGGGAGUAAUGUUCGUCGCGUAAGAAGUCCCAAGCCUCGGUCAUUUUAAAUCUCAAGUGUUGCGAUUCAGAUGAAAUUAAACGCAGAAACAAGUUUAAUCCCGAGAUUUAAGCCGAUUCAGAUCAACGUAAUGCAAGGCAUAUGGCAGCCUUGUUUUGAGUGCACUCAAGUUUUAACUGAAUCUCAACACUGUACCAUAGACUCAACACUGCAUCAUAGACUCAUCACUGCACCAUAGACUCAACACUGCACCAUAGACUCAACUCUGCACCAUAGAUUCAACACUGCACCAUAGACUCAACACUGCACCAUAGACUCAUCACUGCCCAUAGACUCAUCACUGCCAAUAGACUCAUCACUGCACCAUAGACUCAACACUGCACCAUAGACUCAACACUGCCCAUAGACUCUACACUACACCGUAGACUCAUCACUGCACCAUAGACUCAACACUACACCAUAGACUCAUCACUGCACCAUAGACUCAUCACUGCACCAUAGACUCAUCACUGCACCAUAGACUCACCACUGCACCAUAAACUCAACACUGCCCAUAGACUCAUCACUGCACCAUAGACUCAUCACUGCACCAUAGACUCACCACUGCACCAUAGACUCAACACUGCCCAUAGACUCAUCACUGCACCAUAGACUCAUCACUGCACCAUAGACUCACCACUGCACCAUAGACUCAACACUGCCCAUAGACUCAACAACUGCACCAUAGACUCAUCACUGCACCAUAGACUCAUCACUGCCCAUAGACUCAUCACUGCCCAUAGACUCAUCACUGCCAAUAGACUCAUCACUGCACCAUAGACUCAUCACUGCACCAUAGACUCACCACUGCACAAUAGACUCAACACUGCACCAGACUCAUCACCGCACCAUAGACUCACCACUGCACCAUAGACUCAUCACUGCCCAUAGACUCAUCACUGCCCAUAGACUCAUCACUGCCAAUAGACUCAUCACUGCACCAUAGACUCAUCACUGCCCAUAGACUCAUCACUGCCAAUAGACUCAUCACUGCACCAUAGACUCAACACUGCACCAUAGACUCAACACUGCCCAUAGACUCUACACUACACCGUAGACUCAUCACUGCACCAUAGACUCAACACUACACCAUAGACUCAUCACUGCACCAUAGACUCAUCACUGCACCAUAGACUCAUCACUGCACCAUAGACUCACCACUGCACCAUAGACUCAACACUGCCCAUAGACUCAACAACUGCACCAUAGACUCGUCACUGCACCAUAGACUCAACACUGCCCAUAGACUCAUCACUGCACCAUAGACUCAUCACUGCACCAUAGACUCACCACUGCACCAUAGACUCAACACUGCCCAUAGACUCAUCACUGCACCAUAGACUCAUCACUGCACCAUAGACUCACCACUGCACCAUAGACUCAACACUGCCCAUAGACUCAACAACUGCACCAUAGACUCAUCACUGCACCAUAGACUCAUCACUGCCCAUAGACUCAUCACUGCCCAUAGACUCAUCACUGCCAAUAGACUCAUCACUGCACCAUAGACUCAUCACUGCACCAUAGACUCACCACUGCACAAUAGACUCAUCACUGCACCAUAGACUCAUCACUACACCAUAGACUCACCACUGCACCAUAGACUCAACACUGCCCAUAGACUCAACAACUGCACCAUAGACUCAUCACUGCACCAUAGACUCAUCACUGCCCAUAGACUCAUCACUGCCCAUAGACUCAUCACUGCCAAUAGACUCAUCACUGCACCAUAGACUCAUCACUGCACCAUAGACUCACCACUGCACAAUAGACUCAACACUGCACCAUAGACUCAUCACUGCAUCAUAGACUCAUCACUGCACCAUAGACUCAACACUGCCCUUAGACUCAACACUAACCAUAGACUCAUCACUGCACCAUAAACUCACCACUGCACCAUAGACUCAUCACUGCACCAUAGACUCAUCACUGCACCAUAGACUCAACACUGCACCACAGGCUCAUCACUGCACCAUAGACUCAUCACUGCAUCAUAGACUCAUCACUGCACCAUAGACUCAACACUGCACCAGACUCAUCACCGCACCAUAAACUCACCACUGCACCAUAGACUCAUCACUGCACCAUAGACUCAACACUGCACCAUAGACUCAACACUGCACCAUGGACUCAUCACUGCCCAUAGACUCAUCACUGCCCAUAGACUCAUCACUGCACCAUAGACUCAACACUGCCCAUAGACUCAUCACUGCACCAUGGACUCAUCACUGCCCAUAGACUCAUCACUGCACCAUAGACUCAACACUGCACCAUAGACUCAACACUGCGCAUAGACUCAACACUGCACCAUAGACUCAUCACUGCCAUAGACUCAUCACUGCCCAUAGACUCAUCACUGCCCAUAGACUCAACACUGCACCAUAGACUCACCAUUGCACAAUAGACUCAACACUGCACCAGACUCAUCACCGCACCAUAAACUCACCACUGCACCAUAGACCCCGCCUGUUGCGUGUCAGUCUGUUGUCCUUACCCUGUGCGCACCUCCGAUUCGCGCGGUUGGCUACGUGCGGCGGUGCGGUACAGAAGAGGUUCGACACGUGGAUCGUGACGUGCCACCCGCUUGUCGCGAUCAUUGUCACCACGGCGAACCCUCGGAGCGUGUCGCGACAAAUGACACCGAACCCCGUUUGCCUUUUGUUAAUUCAAACCGGCUUAAAAUUAAACACGCAAAUUGUUCACCCAGUAUUCCACUUACACUUUUGUAUAGUUGUGUAUACGUGUACAUCUGUCUAUAUGCAGGGCGCUUUAACAGAAACAUGUUAACACUCGUGAGAAAUUGCAACAGCUGCCACGAGAAAUGUGCUGCCUCCUCCGGGCUCUGGAGAACACCUGGAGAAGAUUCCAGGCAAUGCGUUGACAGCGAUGGCGAAACACAUGGGAGAGACUUUUUGGAGAUGUUAACGUUCAAUUUGUUAUCAUGUUACAGUGUAUUAUCCUCCGUUAUUUUUCCAUUAAAAACGACAGCCCGAUAAAAGUUUUUAAAAUGUUUUGAAGCACCCUAUAGUGAAGGCCAUCAUCUCCGAAAUUUUUUUUAUGGGGUCCGGCAUCAUCGACACAAUCGGCAAUCUUUCCAUUCUCGUUGAGCCCUGCAGCAGCAGCAGCAGCACGCGUCGUGUACAUAGAGAGAUCGUUUUGGUUAUUUUGGCUGUUGCUGCUGCUGUAAAUGUCCAAACGAUUGGGGCCACUUUGUUGAGCGGCUAUCAUUUGCGAUGGGCCCGGGUCGCUUUCUGAAAAAGAAUAAGUCAAUAUACUCAUUGGUUCUUUCGGUAAAGUCACGUAUGUAGAAAUAAAAUAAAAUGUUAAUACAUCACAAAUAGAAUAAAAAUACAUCACAACUGAUUUAUUUUAAUUUAAUGAAAAUAAAUCACAAAUAAAAUAAAAAAAUAAAUCACAACUGAUUUAAUUUAUACUCUUUGGUUAUUUCGGUAAAGUCACGUAGGUAAAAAU